AUGUUUAGUAGCAUACCUGGCUUCUACCCACUUCCUGCCAGUAGUACCACACCCCUGCUUGUAACAACCCAAAUCAACUCUAGACAUUGCCAAAUGCCCCUGAGGGGAAUUAUGUCCCUUUCCCACUCUUCACUGAGAAUCACUGGCCUAUAUAAGGGCUUUUCUGCUAAUUCUGGUUUCCUGUCCAUCCCAUUUGACAGCAGGAAUCAUCUCUCCCUUAAAGACAGAAUUUCAGUUCGCCAGAGAAGUAUAGCUUCGGUCUUGGUGGACUCCACCAGAUUACCAAAUCACUGGUUAAUAGGUAUCCCCAAAUAUUUGAUGAGAGAUGAGUGA